CAUCACCUAGAAGAAUCGCACCAGCUCGAGUGCACUUAUGUGCUGGAUACUAUACCUACUUUUUUUUAUGAUUAUUUAUAAUAAGAGGCUUUUUUUGAAUUCAUGACCUAAAUUAUUAAGAAAAACGGAUACUAUUUUUUCCCCACAGUUGUUGUAUGGAACACUAACUCAAAAGUCUGAUCACCUGUGCUUGUCUUUUGAGACUGCUAUUGACAUUUUUGAACGUCAUAAAGCUGUCUUAUUUUCUUUUUUCGUUUUGUUUUGAUAUUUGAACUGAUUUUCGACAUGUGGACCUUUCUUGGAAUUGCAAGUUUUACAUAUAUCUAUAAGAAAUGCGAUGCUCUGGUGAGUGACGCGCCCCGGGAGCUGAUCGUGGCUGCGGUGCUGUGCGUGUCCGUGGGUCUGAUGGUCACGUGUCUCGGCUUUCGCGGACAGACGCUCAAAGCGCCUCAAUUUGUCCAGAUGCCUCUCAACCUCUUGACUUCAUUUCCUCCGACCAAAAAACUCUUCUCCAAGUCCACUACAGACAGUUGCAGUCGCACUUCUAAGAAGAGAGAUGUAAAGCGAAAGAGGGCGACAGACAGUCAGUCCAGUCAGGGAGAGGAUCCAGAGGUCAUCAUAGUGGGCGCAGGUGUGCUGGGGUCAGCCAUGGCCGCCGUUCUGGCCCGAGACGGCCGGAGGGUCACAGUGGUGGAGAGGGACAUGAAAGAACCAGAUCGGAUAGUGGGAGAACUUCUUCAGCCGGGAGGAUAUCGGGCACUCAAGGAACUUGGGCUGGAGGAUGCUGUUGAAGGUCUGGACGCCCAUGUGGUCAACGGUUAUGUAAUCCAUGACCUGGAGAGCCGAACGGAGGUGGAGAUCCCGUAUCCCCAGCAGGAGAGCAGCAUUCAGGGAGGACGUGCUUUCCAUCAUGGACGCUUCAUCAUGGGACUGCGCCGAGCUGCUCUCGCUGAGCCCAAUGUGAAGUUUGAGGAGGGAACGGUGACCAGCCUGGAAGAAGAAGAUGGUUGUGUGACAGGAAUUCUGUACAGGGAGAAGGAUUCAGGGACGAUCAAGGAGAUCCAUGCUCCCCUGACUGUAGUUGCUGACGGAUGUUUCUCCAAGUUCCGUAAGAAUCUGAUUUCUGGGAAAGCUAAAGUGUCUUCUCAUUUUGUUGGAUGCAUAAUGAAGGACUCUCCUCAGUUCAAGCCCAACCACGCAGAGCUGGUUCUAGCUAAUCCCAGUCCAGUGUUGAUCUAUCAGAUCUCCUCCAGUGAAACUCGGGUUCUGGUGGACAUCAGAGGAGAGAUGCCUCGAGACCUUAUGCAGUACAUGACGGAAAAAAUCUACCCACAACUACCAGAGCACUUAAAGGAGCCGUUCAUGUUGGCUCUGCAGAAUGAUCGAUUGAGAACAAUGCCCGCCAGCUUCCUGCCACCCGCACCAGUCAAUAAACAAGGGGUUCUGCUGUUAGGUGAUGCGUAUAACAUGCGUCAUCCUCUGACCGGCGGCGGCAUGAGUGUGGUGCUGAAUGACAUCCGCAUCUGGAGAGAGCUGCUCAAGAACAUCCCUGAUCUCUGUGACAACACAGCUGUGCUCCAGGCAAAGAAGAAAUUCCACUGGGAACGGAAAUCAUCUCAUUCAUUUGUGGUGAACGUUUUGGCUCAAGCUCUGUAUGAACUCUUUGCUGCGACCGACAAUUCACUGCAUCAGUUGAGAAAAGCCUGUUUCCACUAUUUCAAGCUUGGCGGAGAAUGCAUCAAUGGACCGAUCGGCCUCUUGUCCGUAUUGUCACCGAAACCCUUUACUCUGAUCGGCCACUUUUUCGCUGUGGCAUUAUACGCCAUAUACUUCAGCUUCAGAUCUGAAUCCUGGCUCACAAUACCACGAGCGCUGGUCAACAGCAUAGCCAUCCUGUACAGAGCCUGUGCCGUCAUGUUUCCUCUCAUUUACUCUGAGUUACAGUACCUGAUUUACUAGGAAGGAACUUCUUUCAGACUGAAAAAGAAACCGAUGUCUUCAAUCGUGGAACGUGCCUCAUUAUUUCAGACACUGCACGAGGAACAAGUCUCAGAUGAGGAAAUGCAUAUGGUGUCUGAUAUUAAUAGACAAAGACCGUGCCUUAUAUUGACAUACAUUAAGUGUUAAUGAUGUAGUGAAUUUUGCCUUAGCCUGCAGUUAAACGAGGGAAAAUCCUGUGCUUUAUUUUCAAGUCAACAUGAACAGCAUUUACAAAAUAUUUUGUAUGCAGUCUGACAUGUUUCAGAGGAAUUAAGUAAAUCUGGUCAGUUUUAAUUUCUUGUUGAUGUUUUUGUUCAGUCAGAAAUGUGUGUUUUUACUACAUUUCUGAGGACAAAAUAAGUGAAUUCAUCAAUUCAUAAAGAUUAAACCACUAGGCUGCUUAAGUUGUAAAAUUGUGUAUAUAUUUUAGCUGUUUUUAAGACACUAAGGACAAUCAAUGGGACUGCAUCUCAUUUGUGGCUGAAGCACUUGUUUUCCUCACGUGCCUUGCUUUAUUGCACAUAUUUCAGACUUUUUUUUUUUAAUUGUGUGCAUUUAUUAUGAUUUUGACAUUUUUGCCUUUCUCUGUUGUUUUCUAGUCAACAUUUAGUGUCGUCAAAAAAUGAUGUGAAAAAAGUAGAGUAAAAUCAUGUGAAUAUUUACUGCGGAGAGGGCAAAAGCUUUAAUGUGAAGACUAAUUUAGCCACGAGAUUGUGGUUCUGUGUUCAUAGUAUUUCUGGCGUGUAUGUAGCCACUCUUGGAUUGUUCUUUCAUAAAAUUUGUCCUUUUUUAAAUAUAAUAACAGACUGGAAUGACCCAGUAACAUUUGAGAAACCUGUUCUACAGGUUUUGUAUUUUAAAAUGUAUCAUUCUUUUAUAAUUGGACAGAGGUUUGUGGGAUAACUACAUUUUUGUGCAAAUUAUUAUACGUCCACCAGGUGACGCCCUUGCUCCAGCAGAAUGAAAAAAGCGCCCCUCUGAUCUUGUAAACAAAAUAAAAAGAUUAAACAUGA